AGUUCAUCUGUGGCCAUACCCACACGUGCAGUUAUCUUUUUAAGCGCGCACCCACAGCUUUCAAACGUUGAAAUACAGUUCGGACCACUUUCCCCGGUAAUUUUUUAAAAGCAUAAAAAUGCCUCGAGAUGUUUCAUCCUCGUCAAGUCAGGACGAAGCGAGUAACCCGCCAGCGGAAGCGUCGUUUAGGCAAAAGCACGUCGAGAGGAGUAGCAAGUAUCAGUGCCCCGAUGACUUCGUGUGCUUCAGCCUCAAGCCUUGCAGCAGCACGCUGACUGAGAGCCUGAAGAGCAGCGAGAGCGAACUGUGGCUCAUUAAAGCCCCUGCCAACUUUGAUCCUCGAUGUUUGAGAGGUGCAAGCGUCAAUCUUUCCGGCUUUCAGACACUGACGCUUCCUUCCGCUUCGGCUGCCGGCGACGGGCAUGGCCAGCAAGUCUACAACAUCCUGGCGUCCAAUCACGGCACCGCCGACCUUCGCUUGCUCACCGCCGCAUCUUCGUCGCCGGUUGUGGCGCCUGCCUUCUCUGGCCUCUUGAGCGUUUGCGAGAGCUACGUGGGUGCCCGGGCGCCCCCCUGCGUCGUCCAUGCCGCGCCCGCGCCGGCCAUCCCGCCCGGACUCAAGCAGAGAUUCCAGCCCUUCGGAAGCAAGACGCCCACCACGGCGCAGGAGACACAAGAUGAGGACAGGAAGAGGAGGAAGAAGAAGAAAAAGAAAGACAAGCACAUUAAAAAGGAGGAAGAGGUGAGGGUCAAGCAGGAAGUUGAGGAAACGGGCCAGGAACACGCUGAGGAAAAGAGCAGCAGGAAAAAGAAAAAGGUGAAGGAAGAAGUGGCCGUCGUGCAAGUGAAACAAGAAUUGAAGCGUGAACUGGACGUAGGCGCUUUAUACAAUGAUGACAGCUUAGCAAAGAAGAAGAAAAAGAGGAAAAAAAGCAAAAUCGAUGCUGAAUAAAUGUCAUGAACUCAGAUUUUUUUUUUUUUUUUUUGAGGGCAGGCGUACCUCAAAACAUUUUCCCAUUUGUCCUCAUUGGGGUGUAUGUGGGCUGGAGUCAGAUGACUUUUGGUGACAGGUGGUGUACACUCUGGACUGGUUGCCAGCUCGUCAACCAGUUUUACUGAGACAAACAUUCACUUCCAUUCACAUUUUGGAAUGUGGGAGGAAAAGUGCAUGCACGCAGAAAGAGAACGUUCGAACUCUACACAGGAAGUGAAUCCAGAACCUCCAGACUGCGAGGCACACAUGCUAACUAGUAGACCUCAAGCCCCAAAAGAAAUGUUUAAAUAAAAAACCAUAAGCAUUUUCUUUUAAGCACAUUUGUGUCAUCCUCUUUCUUUCAAAUGGAUUAUUUAUAAACAUUAAUUUGUACUAUGAAACAAAAUAUUGUCAGUGUUUCCGUGGCUUUUUUCCUUAAAUUUUUUUCCCAACACUAGGAAACAAAUUGUCUAAAAUGCUUUCACUUACUCUGGCAAAAUUUGGUGUGCCAAAUCCAAACAUUGUGUUAGCUUUUUUUCAAUCAGGUCAACUUUUUGAAUUCUGGCCAUAUGUUUGUUACAUGAUUUUUGCUCGGCCCGGUAGUCCAGUGGUUAGCACGUCGGCUUCACAGUGCAGAGGUACCGGGUUCAAUUCCAGCUCCGGCCUCCCGGUGUGGAGUUUGCAAGUUCUCCCCGGGCCUACGUGGGUUUUCUCCGGGUGCUCCGGUUUCCUCCCACAUUCCAAAAACAUGUGUGGCAGGCUGAUUGAACACUCUAAAUUGUCCCUAGGUGUGAGUGUGAGUGCGAAUGGUUGUUCGUCUCUGUGUGCCCUGUGAUUGGCUGGCAACCGAUUCAGGGUGUCCCCCGCCUACUGCCCGGAGACAGCUGGGAUAGGCUCCGGCACCCCCCGCGACCCUAGUGAGGAUCAAGCGGCUCGGAAGAUGAAUGAAUGAAUGAAUGAAUGAAUAUAUUUACAGGUACCGGUACUUUGAUCAAUGUCUUUAAUUUACAUUAAACUUUGUAGCAUUUGGUUAGUAAACUUACAAAAUAAAAUGUCUCAAAUAUCUCAAGGAAAAAAAAUUGAACAAAAAUCAACCGAUAAUAUCACAAAAGUGUAAUAAAUUUAGGAAAGAAACUUACUUUUUAAAUCAACUUGACAUAAACAACUAACCUGAACAGAAGAAACGGAUCUCUUUUCACCAAUGCAAAAUUGGAAGAACGGUUUGAUUUUUAAAUAUUUUUUAUUUUAUGUGAACUGUUUUGUAAAGUGCUUUAUGACAGCUGCAGCUGUUAUGAAAGCGCUAUGUAUUGUAUGUAUACAAAGCCUAACGUUCCUCGGUGUCCCGAAAACUACAACCAAUCGUUCACCAACAUUUAUGAACGCAGCUCGUUUCACCACACUUCAAGUAUUAAAAUGAUCUGCCCGAUA